CUGAACGAAAAAAAUUUGGACGUUAUAUAGCAGGCUGUCAUCCCAUAGAUAUGGGGAUUUGAAGUUUAAUGUCCUAUAACACCUUCUUGUACAAAGUCAUAAAUUCAAAUUUCUUUCACACCUUUGAGCGGCCAUGGCUGGAUUAAACGUCCUCGUCUCUGGUGCAUCUAUAGCGGGUCCCAUGACAGCGUACUGGCUAGCCAAAGCAGGGGCAAAGGUCACAGUCGUCGAACGGUUUCCCUCUCUACGGACAGGAGGUCAGAACAUAGACAUACGCACAAUUGGUCUUGAGGUGAUGCGCAUGAUACCCGGAAUGGAGGCUGCGGUGAAAGCCAAGAAAUACGACAUAGAUGGCUUAAGCUUAAUCCGCAGCGACGGCAGGCCCUACGGAACCCUGAAGCCUACGGGAAACCCCGAUCAACAGACACUGAUCUCAGAAUACGAGAUCUUGCGAGGCGACUUGUCGAGAAUAAUUGUCGACUUGACUAAGGACAACGAAAACGUCCAAUACGUGUUUGGCGAACAAGUCACGACAAUGCAGCAACCGUCUGGUGACGGACCCAUUACAGUCGAAUUCGCCAAUGGAUUUCCCUCGUCGGAUUAUGAUUUGGUUGUGGCCUGUGAUGGCACAACAUCACGGACUCGCGCCCUUGGCCUCGGAUGCGGCGUCCGGGACCACGUAGUCUCGACGAACUGCUGGAGCGCCUAUUUCCGCAUGCCACAAGAUUUACUACAAGGCAAGAAAAUCGGGUUGGGAUAUAAUGCGCCAGGCGGUCGCAUGAUAGGCGUAGCACCUGAUGCGGGUGCUAAUCGAGUCUUCAUGAUGUCAGCUUACCCGAAGAGUGAGCAUGACGCCAUGUUGCAAUUUCGCGGGGCUCUGAAGCAGGGAGAUCAAGCGCUCAAAGAAUUCGUCGCUCGGAGGUAUGAAAAUGUUGGUUGGAAGGACGCGGAAAUUCUCGGGGGCCUGAUGAAAUCCGAUGAUCUCUAUGCCAGCGAGAUCUGCCAAGUUAAGGCCCCUAUCUUACAGAAAGGCCGAUUCGUCAUGGUUGGUGAUGCGGGCUACGCCAGCGGUCUUACUGGAGUUGGUACAAGUCUUGCAAUGGCCGGCGCUUAUGUUCUAGCGGGUGAGAUCAGCGAGCACAAGAACGAUAUUAGAGCCGGGCUACAAGCCUACGAGCAACGUAUGAGGCCACUCAUCAACGACUUUGGGCAGAUGCCACGAUUUGUCACGACUGUUAUGGCUCCGCAAACGGCUUGGGGGAUAUGGCUACGCAACAACAUCUUUGGCUUCGUUCUUUGGACUGGUAUUCUUAACUAUAUUCAGAAGUUUAUGGGUAGUGCUCUGCAGAAAACUCCUAAAGAUCUACUUCCUAUUUAUAAGCCAAUAACUUAGCUGAAUGGUAGCUUGGGCUUUAGGAGAGAUAGAAAGCAAUGAUGUCGUAUAAAUGACUCAGAAUAAAAAACUAUUGAUACCC